UAAUAAGAACGAAAUCCAGGGGCAUUUUAUUACAUACAAACUCACGUAGAAAUAACAAGCCUUUUUUCAGUUUCAAUUAAUAGCGAGUGUUGUGUGAUUUAUACGAGCGAGUGAGUGCUAAAACUCGUUAUUUUCUUUCUUUGCUGAACUCGUUCGUUAAAGAAUACACAACAACAACGUGCUUUCACGUUCCCAAUGUGAAGAGAGAAAGAUUAAGAAAGAAAUCAAUUCAACAUGGCCGUGAUGAGUGGUUUCAGGAUUCUAACUUCGAAAUCGAGAUCGCUGACGUCUCUUAACAAAUGGUGGCGGUCGGCGUCGUACUCUUCGACGGCGGUGGCGGCUACUGAGGAACAAGAUCAUAGCAGUGCGUAUUUGAAAGAUUAUGCUGAUUAUAGAAGAUCGCUUUACGGUCAAAUUACUCAUAAAGCUCUUCUUGUUGAUGCUGUUGGUACUCUUGUUAUUCCUUCUCAACCCAUGGCUCAGAUAUAUAGGAAAAUUGGGGAGAAAUAUGGUGUGGAGUAUUCAGAGGAUGAAAUAUUGCAUAGAUACAGAAGAGCUUAUAGUCAGCCUUGGGGUAAAUCUCGUCUCAGAUAUGUUAAUGACGGCAGACCUUUCUGGCAAUACAUAGUUAGUUGUUCUACUGGCUGUUCCGAUUCUCAAUACUUUGAAGAACUUUAUAACUACUAUACAACAGACAAAGCAUGGCACCUAUGCGACCCUAAUGCAGAAGUAGUAUUCAGAACUCUUAGAAAAUCAGGUGUAAAGUUGGCUGUUGUAUCAAAUUUUGACACUCGGUUAAGACCUCUCCUGAAGGCAUUAAACUGUGAUGAUUGGUUUGAUGCUGUAGCAGUAUCGGCUGAGGUUGAAGCAGAGAAACCAAAUCCAACUAUAUUUCUUAAAGCAUGUGAAUUGUUGGGUGUGAAACCUGAGGAUGCUGUUCAUGUUGGGGAUGAUCGUCGAAAUGACGUAUGGGGUGCUAGAGAUGCAGGCUGUGAUGCUUGGCUUUGGGGAAGUGAUGUUCACUCUUUUAAGGAGGUAGCACAGAGGAUUGGGAUCGAUUUCUGAAAAAGCAUCUCUAUGUUAUAAGUUCAAUAAUGUUAUGCAUACAAGAUAUAUAAGUAGUCCUUAGGCUUUAGUUACAAGGAUGUACUGUACAUGUCUGUCUGAAAGAGAUGUGAUGAAACUGUAACUUGUGAAACAGAAAUGAAGGUGAAUGUAGGAGCUUUUAUAUUUCCAUUCA